CAACUGCAUAAUUCAGGCAACCUUGUCCUGAGCGAUGGGAGUGCCAAUGGUGCUGCCAUAUGGCAGUCAUUUGACCACCCAUCAAACACCUUGCUUCCCAGCAUGAAGAUUGGCAAGAACCUAUGGACCAGGGAAGAGUGGUACCUUACGUCGUGGGCUUCGGCCAAUGACCCUGCCACAGGGAAGUUUCGCUACAUUACUGACGGAGAAGGUGUGCCACAAAACAUACUCUUGGAUGGUGACAAAAUGAUCUACCGGUCAGGACCAUGGAAUGGCCUACGGUUCAGCGGUGUCACGGAGAUGACCUCGUAUUCUGACAAGUUUGCUUACCAGUUGACAAGCAGCUCAAGUGAGGUAACCUACAGCUAUGUUUCCAAGGCUGAAGCCUCCUUCUCGCGUCUACUUCUGACUGAUGACGGAGUAUACCAACGCCUGGUAUGGGACCCAACCAGCCGGUUGUGGAAGAUCUUCUUCCAAGCGCCGAGGGACAUCUGCGACCACUAUGGCAGGUGUGGGGCAUUUGGUCUGUGCAACGCCAAUGCUCCAUCAACGUCGUUCUGCAGCUGUGUACAGGGGUUCAGCCCGACAUCUCCAGUGCAGUGGAAGAUGAGGGACACCUCCAACGGUUGCCGCCGAAAGAUGGUACUGGACUGUGGCAAUGGAAUGUCCAGUACCACGGACGGUUUCGUGGUGAUAGACGGAGUGAAGCUUCCCAACAUGCACAAUGUAUCGGUGGAUGCUAGCAUCACGUUGGAGGAGUGCAGGGCGAGGUGCCUGGCCAACUGGUCUUGUCUGGCGUAUGCGCCGUUGGAUCUCAAAGGAGGAGGCGCUGGAACUAGCUGCAUCAUCUGGACAGAGGACCUCAUGGAUCUCCGGUAUGUAGAUGGAGGGCAAAUCCUUUAUCUCAGAUCCACCAAGUCAGAAUUAGCCUUGAUCAUCAUUCUGGUUCUCCUUGCCUUCUGGGUUAUUAUCACCAGGAGACGACAUCACAUGCAAAGGGUAUUAGUACACAAUGGUCUGAGGGUGACAGGGGGUUCUGAUAGCCAUUCUCCGAAUCCCGCUUCGCCCAUGACGUCCGUCCCUACAAUUGAUCUCCAUACUAUAAUAGAGGCUACAGGAAGUUUCUCCGAUGCAAAUAAAGUUGUUGAAGAAGGAUUUAGUGUUGUCUACAAGGGGCAACUACCUGGUGGUACAAUGGUUGCUGUAAAGAGGCUCAAACAGUCUCUUCUUACUGAUAAAGGCAAGCAGCAUUUCUCAAGGGAAGUGGAAGUGAUGUCAACGCUCACCCAUGUCAAUCUUGCUAAGCUCCUCUACUAUUGCCGGGAAGGAGAUGAGUGGAUACUAGUCUACGAGUGGAUGGAGAAAAAAAGUUUGAAUCUUUACAUAUUUGGUACUCAAGAAGGACUCCGUUCCUCACUGAGUUGGGCGCAAAGACGGGAAAUAAUUCGAGGUGUGGCCAUAGGUGUUGAAUUUCUUCACGGCAGAGGAUUCAUUCACAGGGAUCUAAAACCUGCGAACAUACUUGUCAGUGAUACGUGGGUUCCAAAGAUAGCAGACUUUGCCACCGCAAAGCUAUUUAUUGACGAGCAGACAGAUUUGACAUUAGUACAGACACGGGGAUAUGUGGCUCCAGAGUAUAUAGGGGAAGGGGCCCUGACGUACAAGUGUGAUGUAUAUAGCUUCGGAGUCGUUUUGCUGGAGACAGUCAGUGGCAAAAGGAGAACAAGCAAUGCAAUGUUCCUUCCUGAUGCCUGGGAACUAUGGAAUCGUCGCGAUAUUGAGGAGCUUCUUGAUGAAGAAGUGGGCGAACCUGGUAAGCUCUUGUCAGCACUAGCCAGGUGCAUCCAGAUUGGCCUUCUCUGCGUGCAGAAUUUGCACCAAUCACCUGAGGAGGACAGGCCUGCCAUGUCUGAAGUUGUGGCAAUGCUAACCAGCACUGACUCACAGCUCCAUUUACCAAGUAAACCGAUUGCUAACAGGGCACCUGGCCCGAGCGUACAGCUAAUCUCAGAUGACACCCCCGGGCCGAGCACCAUCUCUCGCUCGGCACAUCCUGUGGCAAAUGCAGUGUAUGAUUCGUGA